GAAAUACGUAUAAAAACUCCAGGAAAGAGCAGGAGUCACUUCGCCAGCGGAUCCACGUUACAUAAUCUGAUCCAGACUGACUGCAGGGAAGCAAUACGCUGCCAUCACGUUUCUUUUAUUGCUGUGAUUUCUUAAAAUCAGACCUCCUUUUGUUUAUGCAUGAUGGAGAUGAAGUCAUGGCCUGUUUGGUUUGCAUUGAUGUUCAGCAGCCUCAUCCAAGCAUCAGCUGCUCAUAAAGACUUCUUCACAUCCACUGGCCAUAUGACGGAUCUGUUAUACACGGAGAAGGACCUUGUGACGUCGCUAAAAGAUUAUGUUCAGGCUGAGGAGCACAAACUGGAGAAGAUCAAACGGUGGGCGAACAGGCUUGACUCUCUGUCCUCCACGGCCACGCAAGACCCUGAAGGCUUUCUGGGACACCCUGUCAAUGCCUUUAAGCUGAUGAAGAGGCUCAAUACGGAGUGGGCAGAGCUGGAGAGCCUAGUGCUUAAGGAUGUUACUCAUGGUUUUAUCUCUAACCUGACCAUCCAGCGGCAGUACUUCCCCAGUGAUGAGGACCAGACUGGUGCAGCCAAGGCCCUCCUAAGGCUGCAGGACACCUACCAGCUGGACACUAACACCAUCUCGACAGGGAAUUUGCCUGGAGUGACCCACAAAAGCAGUAUGACAGUAGAGGACUGUUUUGAACUGGGCAAAAUUUCCUAUUCAGAGGCGGACUACUAUCACACAGAACUUUGGAUGGCGCAGGCGCUCAGGCAACUGGACCAGGGCGAGGACUCGACUAUCGACAAGGUGGCCGUGCUGGAUUAUCUCAGCUAUGCCAUCUACCAGCAGGGGGAGCUGGAGAGGGCCCUUGAGCUCACCAAGAGGUUGCUCGAAAUAGAUCCUGAGCACCAGCGCGCUAACAGUAACCUGAAGUACUUUGAAUACCAGCUGGAGAAACAGAAACAGGCAGAGGCCAAAAAGGAGAGCAGUGGGCGGGAGAAGAGAGAUUCGGCUAAAAAGAGCAGGACCAAAAACCCCCUCCCAGAGAGGAAGAAGUACGAGCAGCUGUGUCGUGGGGAGGGUGUCAAACUGACACCUCGCAGGCAAAGCCGCCUCUUCUGUCGUUACUUUGACAACAACCGGAACCCACUCUACCUGAUAGGGCCAGUGAAGCAGGAGGACGAAUGGGAUCGCCCGCGCAUCGUCCGCUACCAUGAGAUCAUCUCUGACAACGAAAUCAAGAAGGUCAUGGAGCUGGCAAAGCCACGGCUACGCAGGGCCACCAUCUCCAACCCAAUCACUGGUGUUCUGGAGACUGCCCACUACAGGAUCAGCAAGAGUGCCUGGCUGACUGGCUAUGAGGACCCAGUGAUCGCAAAGAUUAAUCAGCGAAUUGAGGCCGUCACAGGCCUUGAUGUGGAAACUGCAGAAGAACUGCAGGUUGCCAAUUAUGGGGUAGGCGGGCAAUAUGAACCACACUUUGAUUUUGGUCGGAAAGACGAGCCAGAUGCCUUUAAGGAACUGGGGACUGGGAAUCGCAUUGCCACCUGGCUUUUUUAUAUGAGUGACGUAAUGGCUGGAGGCGCCACAGUCUUCCCCGAUGUGGGGGCCGCAGUGUGGCCAAAGAAGGGUACCGCGGUAUUCUGGUAUAAUCUGUUCGCCAGUGGGGAAGGUGACUACAGCACGCGACAUGCGGCCUGUCCUGUGCUGGUGGGCAACAAGUGGGUAUCCAAUAAAUGGAUCCAUGAACGUGGCCAGGAGUUCAGACGACCAUGUGGUCUAAGUGAAGCGGAAUGAUAAACGAUUCCUAAGGCGAUUCCCACCCCUCCCUCACAGCCCCCAGGACACCAGCUCCCCUUUUCAACUCCGCAGACACACGACGUGAAGCUGCCUUCCCAAUUUCCCUCCCUGUCUGCGAGCAGAAUCGGCCCUUUGGUCUUUAGCCUAUCCUGUCUAUUCCUCUCUAGCUGCUAAGAACUUUAUAAAUGUGGAUUCUGCCUCGGCAGGUUCUUUGCAUUUGGGGUUAUGUUUGUCUACACUGAUUUUUACCAGCUGCGUAAAAACUACAUACGGUGGUGCGUAUUGAGCCUCAUUAUGUUCCCAGUGAUCCAGCACAAUCUGGAGGAGUGACGAUCACUUCCACUUGCAUAAGGGCCAUAUCCUGCCAACAUUUUUCAGUCUUCCUAUGCACGUCUCCCACAGAUGGCCCUGCUUAUAGAUUUUAGGACUCAUGAUGCAAUGUUCUCCCAGGAAUAACACUGAAAAUUAGAUAAUAACAUACACUUUUUUAACUUUGCUGUACAAAUUCAAAGCAUGUUAGCAUAUUUUGAAUUUCAAAGAUUGGUUAGAAUAGCAGUACUUUUAAUCCCCAUGCAGAAAUUCUGUCCCUUUGUUUUUUUUUUUGCUUUGCCCCAUCUUGUUCUCCAUGCAGGUGAGAGCAAGCUUGGGGGUCACAGCAAGGGGGCAGCCGCCUUGUGCUGCUCAAGGAGCUGGGGGUUACAGGCCUUGAUUAAGGGCCCACAGACAUGUGGCAAUUCUGCCAAAGUUGGGCUCAAAUCAGUGACCUUCUGAUAAUGGGGACAGGGGCUUAGCCCACUGAGCAACCCAUUGCCCCCAAGUAGUCUGUCAAAAACAUUAAAACAGUUCUUUCAGAAAGUGUUUCUUUGCUGGACCAUUCAACUGAUUAUGUUGUAAUAACCUUCAUAUUUAUGCAUUUUUUAGCAAUAAUUCCAAAAGGAUUUUUCAUUGUGAUUCACUACUUUGGUUACCCACAAAUCCAGUAUUGUUACUUCUUAGUAAAAAUUCAUGAAGAGUCAACAGAAGACUAUCUGAAACACAUCCUCCAUUUCAUAUACCCAUACGGAUUUUGGGGCUCUUCAUUAUCUGGAAUUUCCAGGGAUCUCUGUGGGAGAAAGAUUCUAUUUAUAUAUUGUGAGAUUCUGUCAUUUAAUUUGUUUGCAUAUCGCUGGACAUGUUAAAUGAGUGUUUUCUAUAAAAUAAAUAAUGUGCUCAUCA